AUGAAGUUCGCUGCAGUCCUUUUGGUUUCUUUUGUCCUAUUCUCUCUUAUCGACGCCCACUUCUCACAAGAGGUACCAGUUUUUGCACCAAUACCAGAACCAGUUUACUGUCGUUCGAGACAAAUGUUCAAUGGAUCAUGCACAGACAGAGGCAGUUCAAGCGCCACUUGUUUCCUUGACUUCUUGGGUGCACGAAGUGCAAGUGAGAUGCCUAAGAACUGCCAUUGCACUCCUAAACCCAAAAACAUGCGUCUUUGCGAAUGUCAAGUUGUUUGCACGGAUUGUUGUAACUAACAUCUACCAACUAAGUAUGUUUACUUAGAGUUACAAAAAGUAACUAAUGUUUAUGUUUACUUAUUUUCAGCAUAUUUUCAAUUAUUAUCAAAUAGUAGGCAUCAAUAGUUUCCUUUAUCUCA